AUGUUCCGAUUCCGACACAUUAUCGCCGCUCUGAUUCUAGUCGCCGCCUCGGCGGCGUCUUUGAAUUCCGCCGGUGCCCGCGUGGUCCACCCCAUCGUCUUCAACCCCACCGCGGCCGCCCCCGCCUCCGACGGCCGUCGCCUGUUCGCCACCGCCGGCCACGAUGAGCUCAUGGCGCUAUGCCAACAGAUGCACUACAAGACGCUGUGCACGACGAUGGCGACGCUGCCCGGGGUGGCGACGCCGGAGCAGCUGCUGGACACGUCGCUGCGGAUCACGGCGGUGAAGGCGGCGAUGGCGGCGAUGAAGCUGGACGCGGCGAUCCGGUCGGGCGGCGACAAGGGCGACGGGAUGGCGUCGUCGCUGCAGUCGUGCAGGGAGAGCUACGCGUCGCUGGUGGACUCGCUGAACAGCACGCGGGACACGCUCAAGAGCGGCGGCAGCAGCGCGGACCUCAUGACGGAGCUGUCGGCGGCGGGCACCUUCUCCACCGACUGCGAGGACAUCUUCGACGAGCGGCCGGAGCUGCAGUCGCCCAUACCCGGGGCGCAGCGCCACAUCAGCCGCCUCGUCAGCAACUGCCUCGACCUGGCAGCCAUCAUCAAGGAGCAGCAGCCAUAGCUAGCUAGACGCCUAGACAGGCACGU